GGGACAUUUGUUAAUUUUAGUCAAAUUGGCACCCAUUUUGCACACCAUCUUGAGAAGUUCUUUCUUGCUUCUGUUCGUUGGUCGUACACGUGACCAUCCAAGAUGUCAUCUCAUUUAAAUUGGAUGAUAAUUCGUAAUAACAAUGCCUUCCUUCUCAAGAAGCGCAAUAUCAGUAAACCAUUUUCUACGGAACCCAACAAUUUGACAAAUUUGAGUAGCUAUCGUUAUUCGGGUUUAAUUCAUAGGAAGAGUGUUGGUGUUAUUGAUACUCCUGAUAAAAAAGGAUUUACAGUUGUUUAUAAGAAACCAAGAUCAAUUAAAAAGCCUGCUAAAUCCACUGUUCGAUGCACGAUGAAAGCUGGAGCUCGUCGUUCUUUACAUAAAUUGAAAAGGUUGCUUACAAAGAAUAAAUAUCGUGUAGAUCUUUGCAAGGCUGCAUUACGUCGUGCCAGUGCUGUUUUACGUUCCCAAAAGCCUUUACCUGCAAAGAAGACUCGCACAACAAAAAAGGCAGAUUAAUUUGUAUACAUUAAUAAAUAUAUGUUUUAAUGUAAA